CAUGCUGGGGAUGGACACAUAGGAUAACACGCUGGGGAUGGACACACAUAGGAUAACAUGCCGGGGAUGGACACACAUAGGAUAACAUGCCGGGGAUGGACACAUAGGAUAACAUGCUGGGGAUGGACACAUAGGAUAACAUGCUGGGGAUGGACACAUAGGAUAACAUGCCGGGGAUGGACACAUAGGAUAACACGCCGGGGAUGGACACAUAGGAUAACAUGCCGGGGAUGGACACAUAGGAUAACAUGCCGGAGGGAUGGACACAUAGGAUAACACGCCGGGGAUGGACACAUAGGAGAACAUGGCGAGGAUGGACACAUAGGAUAACAUGAUGGGGAUGGACACAUAGGAGAACAUGGCGAGGAUGGACACAUAGGAUAAACAUGGGGGGAUGGACACAUAGGAGAACAUGGCGAGGAUGGACACAUAGGAUAACAU